CAGUCUGUGUGUGGUAUAGGACGAGCGGUGGAGGAACUGGGCGAACGCUGUUGCGGGAGAUUGAUACUUUUUUGAGCUUUGUGUUGAUUUUUUUGACCGCAUUUCGGAUUUGGAGCGUCGGCUCUCACUUUUGCGCGACGGCGGGAGGGGGCUGGACGAAAAUUUCCGUAUUAAUUGUGAUUAAUACGAAGAAAAACGACCACUUUUGAGGCGGAGAGGCGAGGUUUCUUGCUGCUUUUGUGCUUGGGGGUCUUCGAGAGAAAAAGGAGCAAUAAGUGGAGAAAAAUCCAGCCUAAAAAAAAAAGAAAACAAAAAUCGUGGGGGACUGGGCUUAUGUGUUUUUUUAUAUAUUCUUUUCUCUUUUGUUUUGCUUUGCUCUGAACUGAGAGUGAGCUACUGAUCGUAAGGACCUAAGGACGAACGGGCGAACGAACGAACGGACGGACGGACAAACGAGUUGGACGGACGACGUUGACGAUACAAAGUCCUUUUGCUUUUCAAUCCUUUCAGUAUCCGCUCUGCUGGAACUAUUUAUAUAUUUAUCUCUCUAUCUGGGAAUUCUCCGGGAUUUUUGCUUCUACAUUCUAAGUGGAUUUUUUUUUACAUUUUUUAUUUUUUCCUUUUCUUGUCGAGGAAGGACAAAAGUGCAGGGCAGGGAGGGGUGGCGGGACAUUACUGCUUCUUCCUUACCUGCUCGGAUUUAUCCUGCAGCAAGACGCCACAUCUGCGUGGAUCCGUGCGGGCAGGAUGUAUCCACAGGGCCGGCAUCCGGCACCUCAUCAGCCUGGUCAGCCCGGGUUCAAAUUCACAGUAGCAGAGUCCUGCGACAGGAUCAAAGACGAAUUUCAGUUCCUGCAAGCUCAGUAUCACAGUCUUAAAGUGGAAUACGACAAACUGGCCAACGAGAAGACAGAGAUGCAGCGUCACUAUGUCAUGUACUACGAGAUGUCCUAUGGGCUCAAUAUUGAAAUGCACAAACAGACUGAGAUCGCAAAGCGCCUCAACGCAAUUCUAGCUCAAAUCAUGCCUUUUCUGUCACAAGAGCACCAACAGCAGGUAGCCCAGGCUGUUGAGCGUGCUAAGCAAGUGACAAUGACCGAGCUGAAUGCCAUCAUCGGGGUACGUGGACUUCCCAAUCUGCCUCUCACCCAGCAGCAGCAGGCCCAUGCUGUCUACCCCACGCUGAUGCAGCAGCAGCUUCAGGCUCAGCACCUCUCUCACGCGGCCCACGGACCCCCGGUGCAGCUGCCCCCUCACCCUUCAGGCCUGCAGCCCCCGGUCAUCCCUCCAGUCACGGGCUCCAGCUCUGGACUGCUAGCACUGGGAGCUCUGGGCAGCCAGGCGCACCUACCGGUCAAAGACGAGAAGAACCAUCACGACCUGGAGCACAGAGACCGGGAGUCGAGCACGAACAAUUCCGUGUCGCCGUCAGACAGCCUAAGAGCCAGCGAGAAGCACAGGGGCUCGUCUGACUACAGUCUGGACUCCAAAAAACGCAAACUGGAGGAGAAGGACAACAUGAGCAGAUACGACAGUGAUGGUGACAAAAGUGAUGACCUGGUGGUUGACGUCUCUAAUGAGGAUCCAGCCACCCCGAGGGGCAGCCCUGUGCACUCCCCUCCAGAGAACGGAUUGGAUAAGGCUCGGGCCCUGAAGAAGGAUGCCCCCAACAGCCCGGCAUCUGUGGCUUCAUCUGGGAGCACCCCAUCCUCCAAAGCCAAGGAUCACCCUCACAACGAUAAGUCCUCUACUCCGGGCCUGAAGUCCAACACCCCCACCCCACGUAACGAUGCCCCUACACCGGGAACCAGCACCACCCCCGGCCUCAGGCCCAUCCCAAGCAAACCCCUCGGUAUGGAGGCCCUGGCAGCUCCUGCCCUCCGGACCCCUCUGUCCUACGCUACCCCGUUUGCGAUGAUGGGUCACCACCCGGAGAUGAACGGCUCUCUGACCAAUCCAGGCGUCUACGGCCUCCACAUCUCUCCUCAGAUGAGCGCAGCAGCCGCCGCCGCUUACGGCCGCUCGCCCAUGCCGGGUUUCGAUCCACAUCCUCACAUGCGGGCUCCUGGCCUCCCAACCAGUCUGACGUCCAUCUCUGGAGGAAAACCAGCGUACUCCUUUCACGUGAGCGCAGACGGACAGAUGCAGCCGGUGCCUUUUCCUCCAGACGCUCUGAUUGGCCCGGGCAUCCCUCGCCACGCCCGCCAGAUCAACACACUGAGCCACGGUGAGGUAGUGUGUGCGGUGACCAUCAGCAACCCCACCCGGCACGUCUACACUGGUGGCAAAGGCUGUGUGAAGAUCUGGGACAUCAGCCAGCCUGGCAGCAAGAGCCCUGUGUCUCAGCUGGACUGUCUGAACCGGGAUAAUUACAUUCGCUCCUGUAAGCUACUCCCCGACGGCCGUACUCUGAUUGUGGGUGGCGAGGCCAGCACUCUCACGAUCUGGGACUUGGCCUCCCAGACUCCUCGCAUCAAGGCUGAACUGACCUCCUCGGCCCCAGCCUGCUACGCACUGGCCAUCAGCCCUGACGCCAAGGUCUGUUUCUCCUGCUGCAGUGACGGCAACAUUGCGGUUUGGGACCUCCACAACCAGACCCUUGUCAGGCAGUUCCAGGGGCACACAGAUGGAGCCAGCUGUAUAGACAUCUCUCACGAUGGUACCAAGUUGUGGACAGGAGGACUGGACAACACUGUACGCUCCUGGGACCUGAGGGAGGGACGACAGCUCCAGCAACACGACUUCACCUCACAAAUCUUCUCUCUGGGCUACUGUCCGACCGGCGAGUGGCUGGCUGUGGGGAUGGAGAGCAGUAACGUGGAGGUGCUUCACCACACCAAGCCAGACAAGUACCAGCUCCACCUGCAUGAGAGCUGUGUGCUGUCCCUCAAAUUCGCCUACUGCGGUAAAUGGUUCGUGAGCACAGGGAAGGACAAUCUGCUGAACGCCUGGAGGACUCCCUAUGGCGCCAGCAUUUUCCAGUCCAAGGAGUCCUCGUCUGUCCUGAGCUGUGACAUCUCUGCUGAUGAUAAAUACAUUGUGACUGGAUCCGGUGACAAGAAGGCUACAGUUUAUGAAGUGAUCUACUAGAUUUAGGAGCGACUCGAGACUGGAGCUUCUCUUUCCGCAUCGUUGGGAUUGGAACUGGGAUGAACAGAGCCGUGUUGCUCCUUUCCUCCAAAGACCUCAGAACAGGGAACUUUAUUGCUGUGUUGGGGUUCAAUUUUCAACUCGGAAUAAGCAUCGGAUUGAGCUUUUCUUUUUUUUUUUUCUUCUUUUUUUUUUGUUACCGAGACUCUUCGCUACAUGGAACAAUAAUAACCCUUUUGGAGACACACUGUACUUUUGGAGACGUCCAGUACUGUGUAUCUGAGGACCUCGAUCAGACGGCACUAAAGGAGUCCAUAUUUGUCUUGCCUUUUACUUUAAGUGAAGUCUGCUCACAGGAUUUUGCUGGGUGUGCGUGCCUAUUCUUCCGUUCGUUUGUCCUUCUACUCUCUCUUUCUUUUCUUUUUUUUUGUCAUUUUCUUCUUUUCUUAACGAAAAGCAAACGAUCUGUGAUGCAACAUGAAGCAGUGCUUCAUUUUUAGCCUCCUGCUCCCUUGGACGACUUGUGAAAAGUGUAUAUAUGGAGUAAUAAAAACAUUUCAUAAAUAUAUAUGAUUAUAUGUAUAUAUAUUUCCUUGUCCUGGUAUACUUGUGAUGGGUUUCCUUUUGUCCUCAUGUCCUCGAUGCUUGAUAAAUGUAGAUUAGGAUCUACUUUUUUAAGAUGGAUUUGUCUUUUUUUUUUUUUUUCUUUUUUUUUUGGGAGGGAGGGUGUUUUUUUUUUGUAAGUGCACUCUUUUUGGGUUGCCAGAUUGGGGGACAUUUGACAUUUGAUGGCUUGGCUUGGUUGGGUUGAGAUGGGAAGGGAUGGGACGGGAUGGGACAAGACAGUUGGGCUGAGAUAUAAAGCCUGGACAUGGACAUAAGCUUUUGUUUGGCAGCUGUGGGACACUGAACUUUUGAUGGACACUGUGGACAGAAGUUCCACGGACAAAGGCCAAACAGCAUUGAACUCUGCAGUUGAAGUGCCGGAGCACAACCGAGAGGAACAUGGGGAGAUGUUUGUAAAUUAAAAUCAAUAUUAAACUUGGAGAAUUAAAUAA